AAGACAUGAAAAAUUAAAGACAAUAUAAAAAUUGUUUAUUUCUAGCAUUGAAUUGAAAUCCGAGUGAAGAGUACUAUUUGUGGCCACAAAAUCGUGGGAUCAGAUCAGAGGACAGUCGAGCGAUCAGUGGUGCGGUUGUAGUGAAGCAAACAAUAGGUUGUAUCGAUUGGUGGAGAAGAUGCCGAUGAAUUCAGUGGGCAUUCAGUUCGGGCACAACAACAUAGAGCCGAUGCAAUUGGACAUGAAUUUGGACGACGAGAGUGAGGGCAACGGUGAGGCACAGGUGGCCAAUGGGGGCGGCAAUGGACCCGAAGGUCACCACCAAUUGGGCCAAUAUCUGGUGGAGAACCCGACGCUCGACGUGGAGUCGUAUAGCAAUGCAUAUAUAGGUCUGUCGCGUAUCAAUCGGUUGCUCUUCAUUGCCGACCACUGCCUGCAGUUGAGGACAGAAGCGCUCAAAAUGGCUCUCAAUUACGUUAAGGACAACACAUAUAAUGUCAAUAUCUAUACACAAUUGUACCGCAAAUUAGCCGAUAGUAUAGCGAUGAGUGGUCUGAAUGUGGAGGCAGUGAUCGGUCCGUUGGACACCAAUUGGAUUGAGAACAAGCAGAAGAAGGCGGCCCUCAAACUGGAGAAGUUGGACACAGAUCUCAAGAACUAUAAGUCCAACUCAAUUAAGGAGAGCAUUAGGAGAGGACACGACGAUUUGGGUGAUCACUAUCUCGACUGCGGAGACCUGUCUAACGCUCUGAAAUGCUAUUCCCGUUCCCGAGACUAUUGCACGAGUGGUAAACAUGUGCUCAAUAUGUGUCUGAAUGUCAUAAAAGUGAGCAUUUAUUUGCAAAACUGGUCGCAUGUGUUGACAUAUGUGGCCAAAGCCGAGGGCACUCCGGAGUACAGCUCUUCCAGCAGUAUUGCCACUCGUCUGAACUGCGCGGCCGGACUCAGCGACUUGGCCUCCAAGAAGUACAAGAACGCGGCCAAACACUUCUUGGCGGCCAAUUUCGAUCACUUGAGCGUAGAGUACGGCGAUAUGGUUUCGGUGAACAACGUUGCCGUUUACGGCGGUCUCUGCGCUUUGGCCACUUUCGACCGCUUGGAACUCCACAAGAAUAUCAUAUCCAACGCCUCUUUCAAACUGUUCCUUGAAUUAGAGCCACAAUUGAGAGACGCGAUCACUAAGUUUCAUGAGUCGAAGUACGCCAACUGUCUCUCAAUACUCGAUGACCUCAAAGACAAUCUGCUUCUGGACCUGUAUUUGGCACAACACGUCCACGUCUUGUACUCUCACAUCAGAAACCGAGCGCUCAUUCAAUACUUCUCGCCAUAUCUAUCGGCGGAUAUGAACAAAAUGUCAGUCGCUUUCAAUACCAGUGUCUCAUCACUUGAGGACGAACUCAUGCAUCUCAUACUCGAGGGCCAAAUACAGGCUCGAAUCGAUUCCCACAAUAAGAUUCUGUACGCAAAAGACGUCGACCAAAGAACAGUCACUUUUGAAAGAGCGCUAGAGAUGGGCCGCGAAUGGCAGCGACGGACAAAGUCUUUGAUAUUGAGGUCAGCGAUGCUUAAGAACGGACUCAUUCACGUGAAGUGUCCGCAGCCCUCCAGAGGUGAUGAGAACACUCCAACCGGUUCCUCGAACAACGCCUCCGGUUCUAAUAUACCCAUCGGUUCCCAAAAGUAAAAAAUAAGGUAAUUCUUAGUGAUUUGUAUCUAAUUUUGUUAAAAAUUAGCGUUUCUUAAUAAAAAUUUAACAUUUGACAC